AUGUUGCACGCGCCUGAGCAGAAGUGAUCAUCUGCCGAAUGCAGCAUGUCAACUAGCUAACCGGCUUAUUUUACAGUGCUUGUCUGGAUAAUACAUUAAAAGUACACAAUUAUGCACCUGUGUUAGAAAUAUAUGUUAACGCUGUAUGUAACACUAACUAACGAGGUUGUGUCAUCAAGAAAUUCAGAUUAUCUCUUGGGAAAACUUGAGUACUUUAACUAGCUAGCCUAGCAUCACAGAAAAUGUGUCAAGUGGAUGAGGAAUAUAGCGACCAGCUGGAAAAGAGAACUGCACCAACUGUGUUUCAGAAAUGCGUAAAAUGUAAAGACGGCACUGCUGUGUUGAUCAUCCGGGCUGGCGAUGCCUUCUGCAGGUGCUGCUUUAAGGAGUACUUCAUACACAAAUUCCGAGCCAUGCUGGGCAAGAACCGUCUCAUCUUUCCCGGCGAGAAGGUUCUCCUUGCCGUAUCUGGGGGACCAGCCUCCAGCUCCAUGCUGUCACAAGUCCAAGAGGGUUUGAGCCAGGAUGCACCAAAGAAGUUAAGAUUUAUUCCAGGAAUCAUCUACAUAGAUGAGGGUGGGGUUUGUGGUAUGAGCUUGGAGGAACGUGAUAGGUCGAUAGCCCAACUGGAGUCCAUAUUCAGGGCCACGGGCUACCCUUUCCACAUAGUCCGUCUGGAACAGGUGUUUGACCUGCCCACGUCAGUGCUGGGGGCUGUUCCUCCAGCUCCACAGAGGCCCGAAAGUGGCUACAAAGCAGCCGUGGACCAGUUCAUCCAGAACGAUAGAGCCAGGGCGUCGUGCUCUCCAGCCGAGGGGGGCGGGGAGCGGGACGGGGAGCGGGACCCCGCCGUGUGGGAUGCCCAGGUUCGGCUGUCCCGCCUGGAGACCCGGGAUGCCCCAGACGGGACACCCCCGCCAGUGGUGCGGCACGGUGAGGACCUGGAGAGAUUAUUUUCCUCAGUGAGGACUCUGACUGCUAAAGAGGACAUGCUGCAGACACUGAGGCAUCACCUCCUGGUGCACACGGCGAGGACCCAGGGCUACACCAAGGUGAUGACGGGGGACAGCUGCUCUCGGCUGGCGGUGAAGUUGCUUAGCAAUAUUGCGCAGGGCAGGGGGGCGACGCUGGCCACGGACACGGGGUUCUCCGAUCCUCGCCACGGCGACGUCGUCAUCGUCCGUCCCAUGAGAGACUACUCCUCCAAAGAGAUCGCCUUCUACAACAAGAUGUUCGGGGUCCCGUCCGUGUUCGUCCCGGGGCUGGACACCAAGGCCUCAGACAAGGCCAGCAUCCAGCUGCUGACGGAGAGCUUUGUCACCAAGCUACAGGCCGACUUCCCUUCCACCGUCAGCACCAUCUACAGGACCAGCGAGAAGCUGCGCACGGCCCGUCCGUCCCAGAACGCGGACUCGGAAACCUCCGCCAGGUGCCUGCUGUGCGUGUGCGCCGUGGACACUAAAGCAGAGGAAGCUUCCGCCUUCCACGCCACGCUGGUCUCGGAGAGGCUGUCCCAGAAGCGGGUGCCCGGGGGGGCGCUCCCAGGCACAUCGGCGCGGGACGACGCAGCCGGGCAGUGCUGCUCCUCCUCAGGGGGCGAGGGGGGCGGGGGCGGGGGCGGGGGCUGCGGUGCCGGAGGAGGGGGCUGCUGCUCCCCCACCAGGACCCCCACCACUACAGACCUGAAGAGUCUGCUGUGCUACAGCUGCAGACUUACUGUCAAAGACAUGACCGCCGUGGACUUCCUGCCGCGGUACAUCGUCUCCGAGGCGGAGCGCAGGAGCAGGAGGUCACGGAUGAAGCAGGAGAUCAGCGAGUUCCUGCUGGACGAGGAAGAGGACGAAGAAACGUGCUGACGACCGGAGGAGGCUGGAGGAACGUCCGAGCCGCACACAGGCCUCUAAUCUCAGCCACACAUCAGCGUAUGGCCGUUACCCCACAGCGCCUGGCCUGGCCCUGUCUGAAGCCCAGUGAGGUUGGGUCAUUCUGGGGCCUUUUCAGCUAAACUACACAACUUCACCGCUGGUUUUUAAUGGAUUUUUUUAAACUCAAGAAAACUCUUUGGCUGUGAACGGCAAGGAACGAACUUCACGGGGAACAGUUUUAUUGGCGUUAAUUUAAUUUACCUUUUUAAAUGAAUUAAUAAAGACCCAGCUACUUUGUAGAA